AUGGAGGCUUGGCAGAUUUUUGGUUUUCUAUUUUUUGUUAUUUUUAAAAGUGGUGCUUCCUUUCCUGUUGCUUCCAAAUUGCAAGAAAAUUCUUUAGACACUCAUCAAAAUAGUGAUUUGAAUACGAAUGUUGCAGAUAUUGAAAAACGUCUUUCGGUUAUAAGAGUUUCAAUCAAUUACAAUAGUAGCAACAAUAAUGAUGUUUCAAUUACUCGCUCAAAUCCUUUAAAAAAAUCAAAUAAUGAUGAAAAUACAAGUGUUUUUGGUGUGUCAAAUGAUCCUGUUGCGAAAAUUAUAAAUAGAACAUUGUCUCAAUUAUUAGAAUCGUCUAGUAGACAGUCAAUGAUGAGGGGAUUUGCUACGUCUGGGCAGAUUGCAAUAAAUUGUCCUUCAAAAACUAGUGGAAUGACAACAUCGACUGUAUUACCAAUAAUAACUGAUGUUCCAACCAUUGUUAACAAUACGACAACAACAAUAGAAGAGGAAUCAUCAACUUCUAAUGACAAUUCAACAACAAAUUUUACAACAGAAGAGGAAUCAUCAACUUCUGAUGACAAUACAAGUGAUUUUACAACAGCAGGAGAAGAAUCAACAACUAUUGAUGACAAUUCAACAAGUGAUUUUACAACAACAGAAGAGGAAUCAUCAACUUCUGAUGAAUAUUCAACAACAAGCGAUCUGCCAAUAACAGAUGACAAUACAACAACAAGUGAUUUUACAACAGCAGAAGAAGAAUCAACAACUAUUGAUGACAAUUCAACAAGUGAUUUCACAACAACAGAAGAGGAAUACACAACUACUGAUGACAAUUCAACAACAGAUUUUACAACAACAGAAGAGGAAUCAUCAACUUCUGAUGACAAUUCAACAAGUGAUUUCACAACAACAGAAGAGGAAUACACAACUACUGAUGACAAUUCAACAACAGAUUUUACAACAACAGAAGAGGAAUCAUCAACUUCUGAUGACAAUUCAACAAAUGAUUUUACAACAACUGAAGGGGAAUCAUCAACUUCUGAUGACAAUUCAAGUGAUUUCAAAACAACAGAAGAGGAAUACAUAACUACUGAUGACAAUUCAACAACAGAUUUUACAACAACAGAAGAGGAAUCAUCAACUUCUGAUGACAAUUCAACAAGUGAUUUCACAACAACAGAAGAGGAAUACACAACUACUGAUGACAAUUCAACAACAGAUUUUACAACAACAGAAGAGGAAUCAUCAACUUCUGAUGACAAUUCAACAAAUGAUUUUACAACAGAAAAGGAAUCAUCAACUUCUGAUGACAAUUCAAGUGAUUUUACAACAGCAGGAGAGGAAACAACAACUAUUGAUGACAAUUCAACAAAUGAUUUUACAACAACUGAAAGGGAAUCAUCAACUUCUGAUGACAAUUCAAGUGAUUUUACAACAACAGAAAAGGAAUCAACAACUAUUGAUGACAAUUCAACCAGUAAUUUUACAACAACAGAAGAGGAAUCAGCAACUACUAGUGACUAUUCAACAACAACUGAUUUGCCUAUAAUAAAUCAAACAACUGAUCACCCAACAACUGAAAACAAUACAACAAUAACCGAUUCACCAACAUCUGACUCUACAAUAAUUGAACCCGGUUCAUUAAUUCCAAGUGUCAGCAAUAUAUCAAUAAUUGAAAUUAACAUUAAUUAUAUUAAAAGUAAUAACAAUAGUGUAAUUAUUGACGUUUAG